AUGUUUUUGGCGAUCUUGGCGACGCUGGCCCUCACGGCUCAGGGCUGCACGACGAUCGUCGUCGGGCGAGAGGCCUCGACGACAGGCUCCUCCAUGGUAACGCACGCGGCGGACUGCAGCAGCUGCGACUUUCGCAUCGGAAAGGUGCCGGCCAAGACGCAUCCCGUCGGCGCACGGCGGGACAUUGCGCCGUUUCGUCUCGCCUACCCUCGCUACGUUGGCGACGAUCGCGGCGACGUCUUUCGACUCGACAACGUCGAUACGUCCAUCUUCAACUGGACGGCCACGGAGCCGCUGGGGCAAAUCCCGCAAGUGCCCACCACGUUUGGCUACAUCUCAGGCGUCUACGGCGUUAUCAACGAGCACCAAGUCGCGAUCGGCGAAAGUACGUGCGGCGGUCGGCUCGUUAGCCUUCCGGUGUCCGCGCCCGGCGGCAAGGCCCUCUUUGACGUCGCCGAGCUCACCAACGUGGCCAUGGAGCGAGCGAAUACGGCACGCGACGCCAUCUUGCUCAUGGGCGCGCUCGCCGAGACGUACGGGUACUACGGCGCAGCGUACGACACGCCCAGCGCGCUCCUCGAAGCCGGCGAAGCUUUGACGGUGAUCGACCCGAACGAAGCCUGGGUCAUGCAUAUCCACCCGGAUGACACGGGCGCGUCGGCCGUCUGGGCCGCGCAGCGCCUUCCGCACGACCAUAUUGCGGUUGUCGCCAACCAGUUUACGCUGCGGGCGCUCAACCUCUCGGACCCCAAAUCCUUUCUCGCCUCGACAAAUGUCGAGGAUGUCGCGAUCCGCGCCGGCUUGUACGACCCUUCGGUCGACGGCGCUUUCGACUGGACGGCUGUUUACGCCUACCGGCGCGAUGGAGCGCAUGCGCCCAACCACUACUACGCCACACGACGCGUGUGGCGCGUCUUGACGCUCGCCAACCCGUCGAUCGAGCUCUCACCGACAACCGAUAUGCUUGCUACCGACUACCCCGUCUCCGUGCAGGUGGCGGCGCCGCUCUCGCCGUCGACGCUCAUGCGUAUCCACCGCGAUCACUAUGAAGGCACAUCCUUCGACUUGACGUCCGGGCCCAUGGCCGGCCCGUACGGCUCGCCUGAUCGCUACGACGUCAAUGGCAAUGGCAACAUGACCAAGGCCGACGCGCUGCGCAGCCACCAAGAGCGCGGCCUCUCGAUCUUCCGCGCUGCCUACUCGCUCGUCGCCGUUUUGAACGCGGGCGACCCGCGCGCUGCGCACAUUUGGUUUGGCCCGUACGCGCCGCACGCCACCGCGUACGUGCCGAUCUUUGCCUACGCCGACGCCGUGCCAUCGGCGUAUGCGACCGGGUCGCUGCACGUGUUUGCACAUGACGUCAUGUACUGGAAUGCGGCGCUCGUCGGCAACUGGGCCGGACGCUUUUACGCCCACGCCAUGCCGUCCGUGGCGGCGACGCAGCUGCGUAUUGAGACGAAUCUGCGCGCAACGCUGGCGCGUGUGGUGGAGACCUUGCAGAUGGAGACCGACGUCCGUGCCUUUCUGACGUCGUCGAGCGCAUCGAUGGUAGCGACGACCAUGACGACCUAUGCGUCGCUCUUUCAGCGCCUCGUGGUCGAGUUCCACGGACGGCUACCACCAUGCACGGCCUGCACGCGAAGACGCUGUCGCCGACUCGCUCUUCUACCCGAGUGGUGGCUGCGCCAGGUCGGGUACUUUGCGCCACCCGACCACGUCCAAGCCAGUGCGAGCCGCUUCGUCUGGCUCCUCGGCUGUCUCGUUGCUGUCCUUGUCACCUUUGGCGUCGUCUGGAUGGGUUUUACGCUCGGCUCCAACCUUCUCAUGCGCCACAGCCAAGGCUACAGCAGCAUUCUCUAG